GCGUGUUUCAACAUGACAUUUUCAUCACUACAUCUGUAGCAUGCAUCAAACCCAAGAGCACUUAAAAAAUAACACAUUUUAAAGAAGAAUAUUAGUCGUUUUAAAUAGGAAAUCUUUGAUAUUGCAUUUUUUUUCCCUUUUUUUUUUUUUCCUUUUUAUUUUCUUCCUAUUUUUUUUUUUUGGUUGGUAUUGAAGCAUUGAGUUAAAAUCAGAGUAGUGUGUGUGUAAGUGUGUAUAAGUGUGUAUAAGUGUGUAUAAGUGUGUGUAAGUGUGUAUUAGCUGCUGUAGUUUCUGAGUUUCAGUGUUUGUUGAUGUGAUAUUAUGGCGGUGAAUCUGGAUAAAGACGCGUUUUACCGCCGCAUCAAGCGAUUCUACGGCAACUGGAAGAAAGGUGAAGAUGAGUUCGGCAAGGUGGACGCCAUCGUGGUGUCCGUUGGUGUCGAUGAAGAGAUUGUGUAUGCCAAAUCCACAGCACUUCAGACGUGGCUGUUUGGUUAUGAGCUCACUGACACUAUAAUGGUGUUUUGUGAGACUAAAAUCCUUUUUCUUGCCAGUAAGAAGAAAGUCGAGUUUCUGAAGCAGGUGGCUGUCACCAAGGGUAACGAGAACGCCAAUGGAGUUCCACCAAUCACAUUACUCGUCAGAGAAAAGAAUGAGAGCAACAAGGCAAACUUCGAGAAGAUGAUCGAAGCUAUCCGUGGGAGUAAAGAAGGCAAGACGGUGGGCGUGUUCAUCAAGGACAAAUUUCCAGGAGAAUAUAUGAAGAGCUGGAGUGACAUGAUCACAGCCGAGGGGCUCGAGAAGGUGGACAUCAGUACAGUGGUGGCAUACACGGUGGCAGUGAAAGAGGACGGCGAGCUGGCGCUCAUGAAGAAGGCCGCUGCCAUCACCAGUGACGUCUUCACUAAGUUUUUCAAGGAGCGAGUCAUGGAGAUUGUGGAUGCAGAUGAGAAAGUGAAGCACAGUCGUUUGGCCGAGUCGGUGGAGAAGGCCAUCGAGGAAAGGAAGUAUCUGGGCGGAGUCGACCCCUCCACUGUGGAGAUGUGUUACCCGCCAAUCAUUCAGAGCGGUGGCAACUACAGCCUCAAAUUCAGCGUCGUCAGCGAUAAGAAUCACAUGCACUUCGGCGCGAUCACGUGUGCCAUGGGGAUCCGUUACAAGUCCUACUGCUCGAAUCUGGUGCGCACGCUCAUGGUCGACCCGCCCCAGGAAAUGCAGGACAAUUACAACUUCCUGUUACAGGUGGAGGAGGAGCUUCUCAAAGAGUUGAAACAUGGAGUGAAGCUCUGUGACGCUUUCAGCGCCGUCCUGGAGUUUGUCAAGAAAGAGAAACCAGAACUAGUCAACAAACUCACCAAAAACCUUGGGUUUGCUAUGGGGAUUGAGUUCAGAGAAGGAUCUCUCGUACUCAACGCCAAAAACCAAUACAAACUCAAAAAAGGAAUGGUUUUCAGCGUCAGUCUGGGAUUUUCUGACAUGAUCAACAAAGAGGGAAAGAAAGAAGAGCAGAAGAAAUACGCGCUCUUCAUCGGAGACACCGUACAGAUUAAUGAGGAGGACCAAGCGACCAUUUUAACACCUGUGAAAAAGAAGAUAAAAAACGUUGGAAUUUUUCUCAAGAACGAUGAUGAAGAUGAUGAGGAGGAAGAUGAUGAUAAUGCAGAGGAGCUUCUGGGGAAAGGAGCGCGUGGCGCCGCCCUGCUGGCUGACAGAACCAGGAAUGAGAUGACCGCUGAGGAGAAGAGGCGGGCCCAUCAGAAGGAACUGGCCAAUCAUGUGAACGAGGAGGCGAAGCGUCGACUGACUGAGCAGAAAGGAGGACAACAGAUCCAGAGAGCAAGGAAGUCAAAUGUGUCGUAUAAGAACGUGUCGCAGAUGCCUCGCGAGAAGGACAUCAGAGACAUGAAGAUCUUCAUCGAUAAGAAAUACGAGACCGUCGUCAUGCCCGUGUUUGGCAUCGCAACACCCUUUCACAUCGCAACUAUCAAGAACAUCAGUAUGUCUGUUGAAGGAGACUACACAUAUCUGAGGAUAAACUUCUUCGUGCCGGGCAGCUCGCUGGGGCGUCACGAGGGAAAUAUCUUCCCCAAUCCAGAGGCCACGUUUGUCAAAGAGAUCACGUACCGCGCGUCUAACCUCAAAUCCCCCGGUGAUCACUCCGUUCCCUCCACCAACCUGCAGAACGCCUUCCGCAUCAUAAAGGAGGUGCAGAAGCGCUAUAAGACGCGUGAAGCAGAGGAGAAGGAGAAAGAGGGCAUCGUUAAACAAGACUCGCUUGUUAUCAAUCUCAACCGCAGCAACCCCAAACUCAAAGACCUUUAUAUCCGCCCCAACAUUGCCCAGAAGAGGAUGCAGGGCUCGCUCGAGGCGCACACCAAUGGUUUUCGAUUCACAUCAGUGCGUGGUGAUAAAGUCGACAUCCUGUACAACAACAUCAAACACGCCGUAUUCCAACCCUGUGACGGAGAAAUGAUCAUCGUACUGCACUUCCAUCUCAAGAAUGCCAUUAUGUUUGGGAAGAAGCGUCACACAGAUGUGCAGUUCUACACGGAGGUGGGCGAGAUCACGACAGAUCUGGGCAAACACCAGCACAUGCACGACCGCGAUGACCUCUACGCUGAACAAAUGGAGCGAGAGAUGCGACACAAACUCAAAUCUGCCUUCAAGAACUUCAUCGAGAAAGUCGAGUCUCUCACCAAGGAGGAUCUGGAGUUUGAGGUUCCUUUCAGAGACCUGGGGUUCCAGGGCGCCCCUUACAGGAGCACCUGCCUACUGCAGCCCACGUCUAGUUCACUGUGUAACGUCACAGAAUGGCCUCCGUUCGUGGUGACCCUCGACGAGGUGGAGUUGGUUCAUUUCGAGCGAGUCCAGUUUCAUCUGAAGAACUUUGAUGUUGUCAUCGUUUACAAAGACUACAACAAGAAAGUCACCAUGAUCAACGCCGUGCCCGUCAACUCUCUCGACCCAAUCAAAGAGUGGCUCAACUCUUGUGAUAUAAAGUACACAGAGGGUGUCCAGUCUUUGAAUUGGACGAAGAUCAUGAAGACGAUCGUUGAUGAUCCCGAGGGCUUCUUCGAACAGGGCGGCUGGUCUUUCCUUGACCCAGAGAGUGAGGGCAGUGGAGCUGAGGAGGACUCAGAGUCUGAGAUGGAGGAUGAGACAUUUAACCCCUCAGCUGAUGAGGAGGAGGAGGAAGAGGAGGACAGUGAUGAAGAUUACUCAUCAGAGACAGAGGACUCGGAUUACAGUGCGUCUAUGGGCAGUGAAGAGGAGAGCGGCAAAGACUGGGACGAACUGGAGGAGGAAGCUAGGAAAGCGGAUCGCGAGAGUCAGUAUGAGGACACAGAAGAGACCACAAACAGGAAGAGGAAGGGCCGUUCAUCAGCCCCGCCCCCUAGCAGCAAGAAGAAGAGGCGGCAUUAGAUCACACACAAUUAUAUAUAUAUACACACACACUUACACACUGCCAAAUCAGUUUCCCUCUUAUUCACCCCCCGCCCAACACACACACACACACACACACACACACACACACACACUGUGUUUGGUGUAAAUAGCGUUGGCUUGCGCUGAUGCGUGCUGUAGAAUAGCAGUUUUCAUAUUGAAGGAAGGAUUUAACCCCUCACGCAUCUGUGUUUCCUGUUUUCCUUCUUCAUUCCGGUGAAUGGCAUCUCUCAGGUGUGUGUGUGUGUGAGCGCUUUUCUAAACCAGUAGACGUGAUACAGUGUUAGUGUUUUAUGCGCGUUACGUGACUCAAUCUUCAUUCACAUUAUCGCGUCGUUCCUUUGCAUUUCGGAAUGAAUCGAUGGACUUGGAAUCGAUGGUUUUCAUGCCGAUGUGGAUUUACGUUAGUACAUAAUGAAUCUGUUGCUUUUUCUAAUUUGAGGGGGCAUGAGCAUACACUUUUUUUUUUUUUUUUUUUUCUUCUUAAUACCUUUCGCUCAUUCUGGAUUGGUAGUCUUGUAUUGUUCAAUCAAAUUUUUUUUCUUUUUUUAAUAAAAGUUCAAGGAAAUAAAACCAAUUUAAGGUGUGUUUCUCAUUUUCAACUCCCUUUUGGUCUGGGGUUUCCUUGCUACCCAACUAACAAUGUUUGUUUCCAAGAACGUUUCGGGAAUUUUCCCUUCUUUCCUAGAAUGGACAUUCUAACAUGUUGUUUUGGUUAGCCAGGAAAGUUUUUAUUUAUUUUAUAUUGAAAUAAAACAUUCCCUUUAGGUUUGGAGAACGUUCUACUAAUCUCUAUAUUCUGCUAUCUUUUCUGCAACCCUGCUGUUUUUAAACUACAAUCCAUGUCUUUUUCUUAACCAUUUUUAAAAAAUCAUUAAAAAAAGUUACACAUCACGCAUAAUAUGGAGAAAAAUGUACACUGGCAGCCAAAAGUUUGGAAUAAUGUACAGAUUUUGCUCUUAUGGAAAGAAAUUGGUACUUUUAUUCACCAAAGUGGCAUUCAACUGAUCACAAAGUAUAGUCAGGACAUUAAUAAUGUGAAAAAUUACUAUUACAAUUUGAAAAAAACUACUUCAAAGAGUUCUCAUCAAAAAAUCCUCCACAUGCAGCAAUGACAGCUUUGCAGAUCCUUGGCAUUCUAGCUGUCAGUUUGUUCAGAUACUCAGGUGACAUUUCACCCCACACUUCCUGUAGCACUUGCCAUAGAUGUGGCUGUCUUGUCGGGCACUUCUCACACACCUUACAGUCUAGCUGAUCCCACAAAAGCUCAAUGGGGUUAAGAUCCAUAACACUCUUUUCCAAUUAUCUGUUGUCCAAUGUCUGUGUUUCUUUGCCCACUCUAACCUUUUCUUUUUGUGUUUCUGUUUCAAAAGUGGCUUUUUCUUUGCAAUUCUUCCCAUAAGGCCUGCACCCCUGAGUCUUCUCUUUACUGUUGUACAUGAAACUGGUGUUGAGCGGGUAGAAUUCAAUGAAGCUGUCAGCUGAGGACAUGUGAGGCGUCUAUUUCUCAAACUAGAGACUCUGAUGUACUUAUCCUCUUGUUUAGUUGUACAUCUGGUCUUCCACAUCUCUUUCUGUCCUUGUUAGAGCCAGUUGUCCUUUGUCUUUGAAGACUGUAGUGUACACCUUUUGUAUGAAAUCUUCAGUUUUUUGGCAAUUUCAAGCAUUGUAUAGUCUUCAUUCCUCAAAACAAUGAUUGACUGAUGAGUUUCUAGAGAAAGCUGUUUCUUUCAUGCUAUUUUUGACCUAAUAUUGACCUUAAGACAUGCCAGUAUAUUGCAUACUGUGGCAACUCAAAAACAAACACAAAGACAAUGUUAAGCUUCAUUUAAUGAACCAAAUAUCUUUCAGCAGUGUUUGAUAUGGCAAGUGAUUUUCCAGUACCAAAUUAGCAAUUUAGCAUGAUUACUCAAGGAUAAGGUGUUGGAGUGAUGGCUGCUGGAAAUGGGCUGUUUUUUUUACAUCCGUAAUGUCCUGAUAGACAAUAACUUCAAAUCAAAGGUUUUAAAAUCAGAAAUUAAUUUACAGACAUUAAAAAUUGAAUAAAUAUUAAAUUAUCCUUAACUGGACUAAAAUUAAAUUAACUUCUUACCACUGAAGAACAGUAUAGCCAGGACAUCUCUGCUUGUUAAAGGAAAAAAAUGUAUGAGAAUGAAAAAUAACAUUAACCAGUAAAUAGUGUUCUGUAUUAGUUCUUAUAGGUUGUCAGACAAAAACCUCCCUGCAAUGUUCCGGGAACGUUAGUUUGUGGUUAUAAAAGCUAAAACGUAUACAGAACUAUCUCUAAUGGUUAUUUUAAGUUCUUAAUAGUUUGUUGGAUGAAAAUCUCCCUGCAACAUUCUGGGAACGUUAGUUUAUGGUUAAAAACAUUUAUAAAAAAUAACCAAAGAGGAGCUAUAUGCUAACAUUAGAGGAACAUCCUAUGUUUGCUGGGUACGCAGGAAUAUGUAAUGUGAAGUUUUGUUUGUUUGUUUUUCCAUAAUGGUGCAUUAUCUUUACGACCAACAGACAAUUAGAUGGAUGCAUAAAUAUUAUAUGUUAAAGCAAUAAGCCUCAAAAGGCCAUGCAUGACAGUGAUUUUGUCAUGGGCAAGGGGUGUUCCUGGGCAUGAAAUGGUAAAAUCACUGUACCCAUAAUACAACAGCAACAUCAAUAUGUUAAACUACACCAAUGUUCAAUAAACCGUUACAUUUAUUGUCAAAAUAAACAAUUCUUCCUUGCAAAUCA